GCCGCUUCUCCUCAGCUCCUCAGGGGCAACCGCGGCGGUGGCGGUAGCGCUGCAAGUUUUGACGUUUCGGACGCGGAGGCGCGCGCCUGCACCCCCCGGCCGACGGCUGUGGAGGCGGCUGACCCUCGAGGGCCCCUCAGCCGCGCCCCGGCGCUCCCGCCGCCCAGGGUCGGGCGGCCACGAGGGCCGGCCGCGUUCUCCCGCGCUCGCCAGCCCGGCGGCUGCAGCCAUGUCGCGGGGGCCGGAGGAGGUGAACCGGCUCACGGAGAGCACCUACCGGAAUGUUAUGGAACAGUUCAAUCCUGGGCUACGAAAUUUAAUAAACCUAGGAAAAAAUUACGAAAAAGCUGUUAAUGCUAUGAUUCUGGCGGGAAAAGCCUACUACGACGGAGUGGCCAAGAUCGGUGAGAUUGCCGCCGGGUCCCCUGUGUCGACAGAGCUGGGCCACGUUCUCAUAGAGAUUUCGAGUAUCCAUAAGAAACUCAACGAGAGCCUUGAUGAAAAUUUCAGGAAAUUCCAUAAGGAGAUUAUCCACGAGCUGGAGAAGAAGACAGAGCUUGAUGUAAAAUAUAUGAACGCGACUCUCAAAAGAUACCAAGCGGAACACAGGAAUAAAUUAGACUCUUUGGAGAAAUCUCAAGCUGAAUUGAAGAAGAUCAGAAGGAAAAGUCAAGGAGGACGAAAUGCACUCAAAUAUGAACACAAGGAGAUUGAGUAUGUAGAAACCAUCACUUCUCGCCAGAAUGAAAUCCAGAAAUUUAUUGCAGAUGGUUGCAAAGAAGCUCUACUUGAAGAGAAAAGGCGCUUCUGCUUCCUAGUUGACAAACACUGCAGCUUCGCAAAUCACAUUCAUCAGUAUCACUUACAGUCUGCAGAGUUGAUCGAUUCCAAACUGCCUAAGUGGCAAGAAACAUGUGGUGACGCCACCAAAGUACCAGAGAAAGUCAUGAACAUGAUCGAGGAAAUGAAGACCCCAAUCUCCACCCCAGUGUCUGGGACACCUCUGCCCUCACCCAUGAUCGAGAGAAGCAGCAUGGUUGGGCGAGAUUAUGACACCUUUUCUAAAUAUUCACCGAAGAUCCCCUCGGCUCCUUCAGCCAGAGCAUCAACCAGCCCUUUGAUUGAUAUGUUUAAUAACCCAGCCACAGUCGCACAGAAUUCAGAAAGAAAAAAUAAUUCAACAGGUUCUUCAGAUGACCCCAGUUUACAGCGAUCGGUUUCUGUUGCCACCGGACUGAACAGGGUAAAAAAGCAGAAAGUGAAAACCAUCUUUCCGCACACGGCCGGCGCUAACCAGACCUUACUUAGCUUCGCGCAGGGAGAUGUCAUCACGCUGCUCGUCUCCGAGGAGAAGGACGGCUGGCUGUACGGAGAGCACGAGGGCACCAAAGUGAGGGGUUGGUUCCCAUCGUCAUACACAAAGUUGCUGGAGGAAAACGAGGAGACUGUGAGCGUGCCCGGGCCAAGCUCGGCACCAGGACGGAGCGUGAGCACGAUGAACUUGUCCGAGAGAAGCAGCGUCGCCAUCCCCCCACCGGAUUACUUAGAAUGUCCGUCCGCGGGGGCGGCUGCAGGAAAGAAAGGAGGUGUUUCCCAAAACGCUUCUACCUUUAAAGCACCAGUGUCCAAACCGGAAACCGCGUCUCCUAAUGAUGCAAAUGGGUUUGCAAAGCCUCCUUUUCUCAGGUAUGUUACUUUCCUCCACAAGGGCCCUCCCCCUUGCUCAGCCCAGGAGGACUGGGCUUGCAGGAUCUCAGUUCCCCGACCAGGGAUUGAACCCAGGCCCUCGGCACUGAAAGCAUGCUAACCACUGGACCGCCAGGGAAGCCCGCCGCCCAUUACAGAACUAUCCAGAGUUUUAAACAUUUCUGACAGAGGGCAGCGCACCUCUCUGCAGUCCUGUGUGGGGCAGGGAGGUGGUGGUGGGAGAGCCUUCUAGGACAGCGGCUGCAUUAUUAAGUGCCAAACGCGACACGAGGCCAGGGGAACUCCCUUCUGGAUCAGGGCAGAUGCUGGGCAGGCCCUCCAGGCCUCGCUCCCAGAGGACCCCCAGGCCUUUCUCAGCAUCAGGCCCCUCUGCAGCCAAAACGAAACAAUUAGCAGCUUAUAAUGGGCACAUGGAGAGAACUGUCACAGAACAAAACUUUCAUGUUCAGAAAAU